CACACGACCGAUCGUGAGAUGUACAAUCUGAUCGAAUCGCAGCAAAUGCAACACGCUGUCGACAACCUUUUAAUCGAUUACUUACGUCGAUCGAUCUCAUCGGUCGGUCAGAUUCGUGUUUAUAACGCCAAUUUAGCGGUAACAGCCAAGAGUUGGGGUCAGUUACCAUAUCGAAAAGUGCAGCUCGCGAACGUUGACGCUGAACAUCGAGCAGCAUUCGAGUUGCUUGUCAAAAUCGUUGAUCAGCUGGCCAACGAUAAAGGUGAGGGAAAAAAAUUUCUUUUGGUUGAUUUCAGCUUCGAAUCGUGA